AUGGCGUCUCCCUGUACUCGCGACCCGCGCAGACCCUCCCGCCUACCAUCUUUCAAGAGAUCUUUCGACGAGGUGGGCAGCGACUCUGACAAUUCUGACAAUCUUCUAUCCAGUGGCAGCGUUGCCGUUCGCCAGGCCGUCCACGCCGUUGAAGACCACGCCGACCGCAACAAGAGAGCGAGAAGCGACACUCCCUUAUCUGACCCAGGAGAUAUCGACGAAGCCCUUUUCUCGUCCGACACGUCCUCCUCUACUUUCAACGGCUCGCCGAACAGUAUUGGAAGCAACGCCGCUUCCGAAGCUCUUCCUUCUGGCAGCGCGACCGAGCAGUUACCAUCUCCCACUCAGUUUGAAGCGCGCACGGGUUUCACUCCGGAUUCGCCACCCGCUCCCAACCCGAGCGAACAGUACAGGAUUUCUAUGGAGCGCUUUGAUGCAUUCGAGUCCAAUAUCUCUGUCCUGCGACAUUCCCACUCCCCUGAACAUCGCUCGCUUCCUGUCUCACAUUUAACUCAGGUACCUUCAUGGUCUGCGUCGUCAGGCACUUCGGUGCCACCACCGCAUCCGUUUACCCAUGCUACUAUAGGAUUGCAUGCGAUUCCAGUCACGGAAGAGCUAAUGUUAUUGGGGGAGGACUCAAUAUCACCUACAUCUUCCGCACGCAGCGUCCACCAGGUCUCCCGUGACCGUAGAUCCCCCCUUGUAGCCACGUCUUCUCGGGCCGCAUACUCUCCUUCAGCAUCCAUCUCGGCUAGUUCGAGCGAAGACAUGCGCAACUGGCUGGAUGAGAACGAGGAUCAUCUCCCCCCUCAGAUUGACGUGAUGUUGGCAACGCCCACGAUGCCAACAUUUGGUGAACCCGUCAACUCUGCGAGUGAUUCUCUCCUGGCAGAAGGAAGCAGGUCCCUGCGUUUUACUGAUUUGGGGGAGCGCAUGGAUCUGUCUCCUGUUCUUCCGAGAGCCAGUCGGGGAAGAACGCCUUCGGUUGCAUCCCAACCUGCCGUACGACGAACUUUCAUGAGAGAAACUUCCUCGAGCGGUAGUUCCUCUCGAGAGUCAGAUAUACGUACUUCGAGGCCAGAUACGAGAGAGGCACGAGACUCCGAUGAUGGAAUGUGGGAUGUGCGGCUCCAUUGGACCUCUGAUGGAAAUGCAGCACCUUACUCUUCUGACGGUAGUCGUUCCGUUGCAACACAUACCCGCCCCUACCGCACGUCUGGUACUUCCAAUCAUCAAUUGCACUCCAGACGAGAAGUACCAUUCCGCGAUCGCCGUACUACUUUGCCUCGCGAUUUCACUGGUGAGGCUUCUCCCACAGAAGCUGUAUUCUCUCGAGGUUUUUCCGGCUGGGAUCGGCUCGUAUCCGAAGACCCCUAUCGUGAAUUUUAUGAAGACAUUGAUGAAACUCGAGCGGUAGCUCCUACACCUCGCUCUUCUCUUCUCGCCCGUGCUUACUCGAACUCUGGAUCCGAGUCUGAUGAUGUCGAGCUCUUGCGACGACAUAUCCGUGGAUCCGAAGACUCUGACGGUUCGCUGACGGGAGGUCUUGUAUACCCACCUUUACGAACAGAGGUAUCAAACGUCACGUCGAAUUCACCUGAGGCGUUCCCCCCGCGGAGAACGAGCAGGGGAGAUGACAGCGUUAGGACAAGCAACGAAACGACGCGCCAUUGGUUUCACCCUACCCAUGAAAAUCAGUCACAUACAGCGGACACGUCGUCUAACCCGUUCGCCGCCCAUCUUCAAGGGCGCAGGCCAUCCUCUCGCCUCUACAGUACGAGGCCCACGCCUUCCAACACUCUCAUGUCUGAGAACGCAUUUGAACACCGCCGGGCCUUAGCUCGCGAGGCAGUUUUCUCACAUCGCCCCGGUUACGCGUCGCCCACUACCACAGGUGCAGCUGACCGUCAGCGCGUUCCAUCUGUUAUAACAUCCGCCGGGGACGUGGUUCAGUUCGACGAAUGGUCGGAUUCACCUCAUCCCCAUCGAGCGCAUGGCACCAGUGACCGCAGUGGUGCCCACAGCCGGUCUCGGAGCACCUCUUCGCCUAGCCGUCCUUGGGGAUCGGAGUUAUAUCCGCCUUCCUCCCCUCACUCCCCGAUGGUGAUCGAUGACAAUACGUUUCUAGAAACCGGGGGCCCACCAGUGGAAUCACCUGACUUGCCGCCAGAGCCCGCAAACGAUACCCAACCCAGAACGUUGAAUUCACGCACAUACGCGUUUCCGUCACUCGUUGAUUGGGCGGUAGACGAUACGGAUACUACUCCUGUGACUGGUAGGCCUCGCCCUUUAUGGUAUGAUGCGUCGACUGGAUUUUUCUAUCCGACAUUCACCGAUCAACUCCCCGUAUCGAGUACGAGUUUUUCAUCUUCCAACGCAGAGGCGUCACACUCCUCCAGCCGUCCGACUUCACGGACACCGGUCCCCUCUGAAGUAUCUUCUCUAGAAAUCGGAGGGCAACGCAGGGCGAACGCAAUUGCAGAUCUGCCCAGUGCGCGGGUAGAACUUGAUCGUGUGAUACUGACAAGAACAACACCCGUCAGUCCCCCCACGCUAGCGAAUAUUCGACCAACGUUUGCGUCAGACUCCCACAGCCACAGCGCCCGCGAACCCGGCGUUGGUCUACGCCCGCACACUCCUCCGUUUCGUACCAAUUCCAGAUUUCCCUCGCAUGUGGUGCUCCCCAUAAACCUGAGCCCUUCCUCCUUAGCCUCCAGUCACACAGAGCGGGGUCUUACGUCCAUUGCAUUCGGCAGACCGUACAACGACAUCGAUAUCAAUGCCUACCACGAUGGCCCGUUCCGCGACACGGUGGCAAGAUCCAUGGAGAUUGGUAGGAGGAGGAGCACUGCGAUGCGUCGGGCGGAGGGUACAGCCUCGCGCAGGCCUAACCACCCUUCCCUGCCGCCGUUGCGUAUCGGACAAAGCCCACUGAACCCGUCUUCAGCACCGUCUCGACUGCGUCUGCCGCCGAUCUCGCAUGUGUCGGAAUCGACGAGCUUCGAGGAACGUGCGGAGACUUCGCGUGAUACGCAUGUCCAGGCGGUAGAUACGCCCAUUAAUCCUGCCUACUCGGAUCCCUCUGUAUACCCCGGCAGCUUGGGUUUUACUGCGAACUUCGAUAGCCGUGCGAAUUCCACGGAGGAUUUCUUGCAAAUGCCGCAGUACAGGGCACCAGACGAGGAAGACGCUCAGGCUCCUUACAAUGACCUGCGCCGCAUCAUUGCACGCAGUACGCGUACGGCGGCUUCCCGCGUCGCUGAUGGAAGUUCCAACACGCCUGGUGGCGAGCAGGUCCCAGCGUUGCGUGCUGAUGGUUCUAAUAUUGCGCGCCAGCACCAGCUGAUUGACCAAUACCGUCAGGAUAGAAGCACCCAGCGGCAGCGGACAAGUGGACUCUGGGGAGACAUAGAUGGCGUAGACGGCCCACGCGGGCCUACGUUCGGCUCGUCCGAGGCCCUGGAGGCAUGGAGACAUCACUCGGGUAAUCGCAGCGGAUAUCUGCAGCCACGCGCCCAUAAUCCUUCGGGCGACCCGGACGCAUCUCGUACGAGAUCCUUGCAGCACAGUCGUGCGUCAUCUACAGGUGGGACUGAAUUAGCUGAACGUGCUGUGCGUACGUCGAGGAUGCGCGUGGCGCGCCAGCGCAACGCUGAAAUGUUUGAGCACCACCAGCAUGGGUUUGCCACGCAUUUCGGCCUUCUCCCGCGGCUGCCUGCAAUGGGCUUUCGAGGACGAAACUUUGGUGACUUCGUGCGAGAUGACGAGCUCGAUGCCUCGUACGAAGGCCUGCUCAGCUUGGCAGAGUUCCUGGGCGAAGCUAAGCCGCGGGGAACUCCGGCUGAUGUUGUUGCGUCUCUUCCCUCCGGCGUAUACCGAGAUUGGGCUUCACCAGGCAAUACCGAAGAACGGUGUCCUAUUUGCCUCGACGACUACCAGCCGACAGAUCCUGUCCUCAAGCUCUCUGCCUGCUCACACUGGUUCCACAAGGGUUGCAUUGAGCAAUGGCUCAAGGGCGCAGGGACAUGUCCUGUGUGCCGCGGUCGCGUUGAGAAUUCGCGCCCACGCCCGGAAUGGUACAGUGCUAGUGCUCAACCUAACCCACCAUCCACCAGUCGACCUUCUCCCAGCGGCAGCGGUCAAGUAGGCCGUGCGGACGGAAACGGAGCACUUGAAGACUGGGACAUAGAGCUCCACGACCCGGACAUGAUUAUUCGCGAUCAUUUACGUCGUCGUUGGCGGCGGCGCCAUUGA